AUGUUUGAAGUCGUGCCUGCCUAUACCUUGUCCGACCGAAUCUCGGAAAAUGGAGACGCCUGUCAUAUAUUAUGAUAGGGCAGAGUACAUAGAAACCGACACUGGCAAUAAAGUCAGUCGAAAGUCUGUCAUUUGCGGCAGCCAAAAUAUUAUUCUUGGUGGCAAGACCAUUAUUCAAACAGGAUGUGUUAUCAGAGGCGAUUUGCGUAGAACCGGCGGAGGACACACGGUGGUUGUGGCUAUUGGUCGAUACUGCUUGUUAGCACAUGGUUCAAUAAUUCGACCGCCGUACAAGACCUACAAGGGUAUAUUUAGCUACUAUCCUAUGAAGAUCGGUGACCAUGUAACCAUUGGAGAAGGAAGCAUAGUACAAGCAGCGACUAUUGGAUCCUAUGUUACGAUCGGCAAGAAUUGUGUAAUUGGUCGAUUCGCCAUCAUAAAGGAUUGUUGUUGCAUUGCAGACAACACAAUUAUACCACCCAACACUGUUGUACCAUCGUUCUCGAUUUACGAUGGAUCACCAGGGGCAUAUAGAGAUGAACUUCCAGAGUGCACACAGGAACUAUAUGAGCUGAAGACAAAGGACUAUUAUGCAAAAUUUACACCUAGAGACUGAUAAUUAAUCAUAGUAUACCAGCCCACUGUCACGAUGUAAAUUAUUUCCAGAUGCCAAUUGUAAAAAAGAUCAGAAAAGCACCAAGAGGCGAACGCAUUAUGAUUGCUGAAAAGAGCAUCUCAGAUUGGACGUGAAA